UAAACACAGUCUUCAAUUUUUGAAUUUUCUUCAGCGUGUCCUAGGUUAUGUUUUUUUCCUUUUUGUUGUUUAUGUACCAAGUUCAGAGCGAACCACAUUGGUUGUGAUUGAAAUCGUACCAAAAUCAAUGGAGAGCUUCGAAAUGUUUGGUGUGUGCCUUUUGUUCCUCUCUCUGUUAUCCAUGUCCUCCACUUUGGAGAUGAUUACUCCGACCCAACCCUUGAAAGAUGGUACGAAUGAGAAUGUAACUCUUGUCUCCACAAACGGAACCUUUGAAGCAGGAUUCUUCAGCCCUGCAAAUUCCGGUAGCCGUUACCUUGGAAUUUGGUACAAAACCAUAUCCCCAAGAACAGUUGUUUGGGUGGCCAACAAAGAAACACCACUUCAAGACCACUCCGGAGUGUUAGAACUAGACAGUGAUCAAGGAAUUCUUAGCAUCAAAAGUGGCACAGGAGCCAAAAUAUGGUCCUCAAAUGCAUCACACACUCCAAGCAAACCAGUUGCUGUCGAGUUGUUGGAAUCAGGAAACAUGGUUGUGAAAGAUGGCCAUAAUAAUUUGUUAUGGCAAAGCUUUGAUUACCCUGAUGAUACUUUGCUUCCAGGAAUGAAGCUUGGAAUGAACUUGAAAACUGGUCAUCACCGAGCUUUAAGAUCAUGGAAAUCCUUCAACGAUCCUACUCCAGGUGAAUUUUCAUUUGGUGUUGAUACUCGUGGUCUUCCUCAACUAGUUAUCACAAAGGAUUCUAAUGAUGACAUAGUUUAUAGACCAGGCUCUUGGAAUGGUGUUGGAGUCACAGGAGUACCUGGACAAAGAACUACUCAUCCUUUAACAAAAUCCCUUUUUGUUAUGAAUGAAGAUGAAAUCUUUUAUGAGAUUCAACUCUUGAAUAGUUCAACUAAACUGAGAAGCAGAUUGCUCCCAGAAGGGUAUCAAAUGCGUUUAUUAUGGUCAGAUGAGAGUAAAAGUUGGGAUCCUCUAUACACUGGUUCAUUUGAUGAGUGUGAGAAAUAUGGUAUGUGUGGUGCGAACACUAUUUGCAAUGUGAGUGGAGCACAUCAACACUGUGAAUGUUUGAGUGGAUUCCGAUCGAACGUUGCAGAUUCAACUUGUGAUCGAAUUAUACCUCUAGAUUGCAACAAGGGAGAUAGUUUUAAGAAGUACGAGGGAAUGAAAUUGCCAGACACAUCUUCAUCUUGGUAUGAUAAGAGAAUGAGUCUUGAGGAGUGCCAGAAAUUGUGCUUGAGCAACUGCUCUUGUACUGCCUAUGCUCAAUUGGAUAUGAGUGCCAACGGAAGUGGCUGCUUGCAAUGGUUUAAUGACAUUGUUGACUUCAGGAUACUUGCACAGGAUGGACAAGAUUUUUAUCUGCGAAUCGCUGCUUCAAAAUUGCAAGAUCACGCCUUCAACAGGAAGAAGAUAGGAGGGAUUAUACUUGGCUGUACUAUAUUCAUCAUCGCCUUACUAGUAUUUGGGUCCAUAUUUUUCCUUAAGAGGAAUAAACUCAAGCAAACAGGUGAACUCAUCAUGAUUAAAUAUUGUGGUAGGAAUGUAUUUCUAAGUGCUUAAUAACACCAAAAAUAUACAGAAUAAGGAUUGUUAUUGAAGGAAGAAGAAAGAUACAGGAACUUACAAACUAGUUUAUUCACACAUAACUACAGACAACAAUUAUUAUUUAUUGGA